CUGGCGCAAGAUUUCCUCUGACCUCCUCCAAAACAAUCUCUAUACAUCACUCAGGGCUACGAUUGUUGGUUUGCUAAGUCUGCAAUCUAGUCGAAGCUAUGUCUUCCCUGCGCCAACGCGCCGCUCGGCUCAGCAAGAAGCUUGAGGUCCCUGUCGACGAGAACCUCGAUGGUGAAAGACCUACAGCAUGGAACAACCGUGAUCUGGCACCUCUCCCUCCGUCCAGACGUACCUGGACUGUGUUCGGAUUUUUAGGCUUCUGGGCCGUGAUACAAUUGAACACAGUGGGUUGGCAGACCGCAAGCUCAUUGAUCUCCAUGGGCUUGAGUGUCUGGGAGGCAAUGGUUGUGACAAUCAUCGCUAAGUUUCUUAUUGCUGGGCUCGCUAUCACGAACGGCUGGUGGGGUGCGGUAUGGCAUGUCGGCUUCUCUGUUGGCAAUCGCGCUGUCUGGGGCCUCAGAGGUUCCUACCUUGCUCUCGCACAAAGGAUCAUGCUGUGUCUGGUCUGGUACGCCGUCCAAGCGUGGAUCGGCGGACAAAUGACCGGAGUGAUGCUUUACGCCAUCUUUUCUGGUUACAAGAACAUUCCCAACACCUUUCCAGCCAGCGCCAACAUGACGACUCAGCAGUUCGUCGGCUUCAUUAUCUUCCUCUGCUUUCAGUUUCCCUGCCUCUUGAUCCCUCCCGAGAAGACAGCCAUCUUGUUUCGCUACGCCAACAUCAUCACGGCUGUUACCAUGUUCUCAGUCACAGUGUGGGCACUUGCCACUGCACAUGGGGGUGGUCCAUUGCUCGUCGCCAACAGCACCCUUACCACAACCAGUGAGAGAGCGUGGGCUAUCAUUCGCGGCAUCACGACUGUCAUUGGCUCCAUCGCAGUGUCCCUUACCAAUCAAAGCGACUUCAAUCGUUUCGCAAAGACUCCUGGCGCUCAAAUCCCUGGCCAGGUAUACUCUACCGUCAUCAUCGGCUCGCUAGUGACGCUGAUGGGCACCCUCAGCACGUCCGCCGCGCAGAAAAUCUAUGGAGAGUUGCUCUGGUCCCCCGCCGAGCUUGCCAUUCGGUGGAUGGAGGAUGGCUACACUGCUAAAGCUCGUGCAGGAGCUUUCUUUGCCGGCUUCGGCUUUUUCAUUUCCCAGCUGAGUAUCAACACCGUCGACAAUGCGUGGCCAGGCGGAUUCGAUCUCGCUGCUCUCUUUCCAAAGUGGAUCAACAUCCGCCGUGGAGCUGUCAUCACCUUCAUUCUGGGCAUCGUCAUCAAUCCGUGGCAGCUCGCCGAUACCGCCAACACCUUCAUCAACGUGCUUGAUGGCUACUCAGUGUUUCUAGGCCCGAUGGUGGGCAUGAUGGUCUGCGACUUCUGGAUUGUUCGUGACAGGAAACUCAAGCUCUCACAUUUAUAUUUGGCCGAUCCAUCUUCAAUUUACUGGUACAACCAUGGAUUUAAUUGGCGCGCCUAUGUUUCCUGGCUCAUCGGCAUGGCACCCGCUUUACCUGGAUUCAUUAACGCGGUCAACCCGUCGAUCCACGUGCCCAAGGGCGCUCAGGAGAUCUUUUAUCUCGCUUACAUCGAAGGAUUUGUACUGGCUUUCGUCGUGCAUUACGUCCUCAAUCGGCUGUUCCCUGUGCCGGGCUUAGGGGAAAUUGAUGGGGAAGAUGUAUUUGCUACUUUCUCGGUGGAAGAGGCAAACAAAUUGGGUGUUGUGCCUCACCCAAAGUUACUGGAAGGAGUGGAGAUACGCACACCGUCGGAAGAGGAAGAGGUAGAGGCAAAGGCUGUGGUGGUUGGGGAGAAAGUGGUUGAUUAACCGUUGAAUGUUGAGAUGACACGAUGUCUUGUCAUUACCUCGGACUCUAUUGCCGCUGCAUUCGACGUUGUCGACUGCCCCAGUUCCGAACUGCAUACAUACCUAGGAUGCACACGCAAGGCUGGCCUAGUGUCACGUGCAAUGUAUCUGUCACGGGGAUCAUAUCCGGUCAUACAAAGUCAUAAAUCUUAUCGUCGUAUGGAUCCGCCAGC